CCUGCUCGCAUCAGUCAAUCAGAGCGAGGCUCGCAGGGAACGACCCAAUCCCGGCGCUCGGCUGAGGGCGGGGGCUGGACUUAGUGGCUCAGGUGGAAUCCCGGCUGGAGCUGUGCUGGGGAAGCUGGCUGGGGGUUGCUGCUGUGCCCGGGGUCCUGGCGGCCAGGUGUGAGGGCAGCCAUGAGCCGCUUCCUGAACGUGUUGCGAAGCUGGCUGGUCAUGGUGUCCAUCAUAGCCAUGGGGAACACUCUGCAGAGCUUCCGGGACCACACGUUCCUCUAUGAGAAGCUCUACACGGGCAAGCCGAACCUCGUGAACGGCCUGCAAGCCCGGACCUUCGGGAUCUGGACACUGCUGUCCUCGGUGAUCCGCUGCCUCUGUGCCAUCGACAUCCACAACAAGACGCUCUACCACAUCACUCUCUGGACCUUCCUCCUCGCCCUGGGGCACUUCCUGUCUGAAUUGUUCGUGUAUGGAACUGCAGCCCCCACGAUUGGCGUCAUGGCCCCCCUGAUGGUGGCAAGCUUCUCCAUCCUGGGGAUGCUGGUGGGUCUGCGGUACCUGGAAGCGGAGCCAGCCUCCAGACAGAAGAAGAGAAACUGAAGCCAGGAGUGUGGAUUCCAUCCAGGAUUCCAUCGCCUCCCACUCUGGCUGUCUUCCUCAUCUCCACUCUCCUCAUUUCUUCGUUUUGGCUCCAUUAUCUGCCCCCUUUUCUCUGCUUUUUUGUACCUGUGACAUUUUCAGAUACAACAUGUGUACGGAAAAGCAGCUAACACAGACACGCAACUGGAAAAAGAUUUUAAAGUGAAUACUCCAACUCCAUCAAAACCAAGAAAUGACCCACACUUCUGAAGCUCACCGCGUGUCCUUCUCUCCCCACGCCCAACCACCAAGCUGCUGCCCCAGCCGGAUUCCCUCUUCCAGCUUCUUUUCAUUUUCAUUCCUUGGAACUUGUGUACUGUGAGACCUAAAGCUGCUGCCCACCCAGAGCGGCUGUGACCAAGGGCUGCCCCGAGGUGACGGCCACUCAGGUUGGCCUCUGCUGCUGGACCCAAGACUCUAAGCCACCCAAGGGACAGGCAGUUCUUCUAAGAAGGGCUUCCCUGGGCAUGGGCAAGACCCUGGCUCUUCCUACAGCGAUAAGCAGGUAAGAGCUACAAGAGUCAGGGCUGUUUUUAGGCCUUCUGGUCAGCUAUAUUUGUGUAGCAACUUUUAUAAUAAAUAGAAAAACCAUC